GCUUACCUCCCUUUAUUAAAAAAUUGCCAUUUGUAAUAAUGAUUGCUGUGUAUUUUAAAUUUCACAGGUGAAAGUAACUGUUUCGAGAUGGGCCAGAAAGGUUAGAUUUGACAGUUAAUGAAGCCGUUUGCCUCAAGAUGAACUUCAAAGGUGUGAAAUCUCAAGUUCCUGUGUAAUACAAGGAAUGUUGUAACAUCCUGAAAUAUCUUUGGAGAAUAUAAAUAAAUGGUAGUCUUUUUUAUAACUGCAAUGAACUUACUGAAGUAUUUACUGCAUUUCAAUAACUAUAAGUUGAGAGGAGAAUAGUGUUUUUGAAUGUGAAGAUGAGUUCACCGUAUGUAUGCCAUUUGUGCGGCAAGAUGUACACUUCACAGACUAGUUUAAAUGCCCAUCUCCUGAAACAUGAAGGGGGAAAGCGAUACCAAUGCCCCAAUUGCAGCCAACAAUUUAUAAAUAAAGGCAGUUUGAAGGCUCAUUCAGUUGUACAUGACUGUGAUAAAAAAUUACACUACUGUGACAUUUGUCACAAAGGUUUUGUCAAUAAACCUUACCUGGCAAUACAUAAAAGAUGGCAUAACAAUGAAAGGAAUCGUGUAUGUCCAAUUUGCAAUAAAACUUUUUUCUUUUGGACAAGUUUUACAGUUCACAUGCGAAUUCAUUAUGACGAAAGACCUUUUCAGUGUAAUAUUAGCGGCUGUGAGUUUCGUUUCUUUACAACUUGUGACAGGAGGAGACAUGAGGUUACACAGCAUUCUGAUGAAACACCACACAUGUGCAAAACUUGUGGUAUGAAAUUCAAGUUUAAAGGUUAUCUUAAAAAUCAUGUGAAUAACGUGCAUACGGAGAAGAAAUAUGUAACAUGUAAGCUUUGUUUCAAGACAUUAUCAGAUGAGCGUUACCUACAGAAUCAUUUGAAGCGAAUGCAUGUAGCAGAGAGAAGUCAUCAAUGUGAAAUAUGUACAAAGUCUUUCAAAACUGCUCAUGAAUUAAGGUUACAUCAUGUUGUACACUCAGGCGAGAAAAAACAUGGAUGUGGUGUGUGUAAUGCAUUAUUUACAAAUAGUAGCAACUUAAGACGGCACAUGAAUAUACAUUCAGCUGUGAAGAAAUACAAAUGUCACAUUUGUAGAAAACCAUUUAAUUCUUCUGAUGCGUUGAAUCAGCAUUUGAAGAGGAAUCACGGUGCUGUUAAAAGGUAUAAAUGCAAUAUUUGCGACUCACACCAGGCUACUCCUACUGAUCUCAAAUCUCAUAUGAGAUCUCAUACAAAUUACAAAGCUUUUAUAUGUGGGACUUGUUCUAAGGAAUACAAAACUUCAAGUGGUCUUAAAGUUCAUUUUCGAAAGCAUACGAAAGCAGUUAGUUUUAAAUGUGAUAUUUGUCCAAAGACGUUUAUAGCAGCUAACUAUCUAAAGCGCCACAAACUGAUUCAUGCUGUUGGCUUCAGGGCAAAUCAUUUGAUUUGUCCAGUUUGUGGAAAAAACUUUGCUUCAGUGAAAUCACUUCAGAAACAUACCAGUACGCAUAAAAGUAUGAACCAAUGGAAAUGUGACUUUUGUGAUAGGUUGUUUACCGAGCCAGAGACACUCAAAAAACAUUUGGUAUCCCAUGAAGAAUGGACGCCAUUUUCUUGCAAACAUUGUAGCAAGCGUUAUCAUCAUGAGCAUAGCCUGAAAUAUCACAUUGAAAGCCAACAUUCUGAUGAAAGAAAUCUUUGUGACAUGUGCGGGAAAAGAAUUAAAGGUCAUCAGGGUAUUAGAAGACAUAUUGAACGACAUUUAUGUGUAGGUGGACUUAUAUUUGCAUGUCAGGUAUGUAAAAUGUUGCAUAAGAGCAGAAACAGUUUGUUAAUCCAUAGCCAGAAAUGUCAUAACCUUUCGGCUACCAUAGCAGACUAA